AUGAAAGGCGCGAGUUUCUAUUACAUGCGGAACGUGCUGCAUGACCACCCGGACGACAAGUGUGUGCAGCUGCUGCGGCUCCAGGGUGUGGCCAUGGCGACAGAUGGAUCGUCGAACAUGCUGAUUAACGAGAUAGUCCACCGUGAGACUGGCGCUGGGCCUCGGGUGGUUGAGAUCGAUAUCGCCAUGACGGCGUGCUUGGCGGCCAGCGAGCGAACUAAAAACGAGUGGGGUAACCUCGUUCGCGCCGCAAGGCUGUCCUUGGUGGAAACGUUUACCUACGCGACCGACUUGGGCUAG